AUGGAGAGCAAGCACACCGACCAGGCAAACGUGAAGGCGAAGCUCAGCACCAUGCACUCGAAGGUGAUCUGUUGCAAGCUCUACAUCUCUGAAAGCCAAAAUGCGGCUGUUGUCGAUGCCAUCAGCCGCAUAGGCCAGAAAGACCCUGAGGUGGUUCUACUCAACAAGUUCGAGGAUGAGUACUACAACCGUGUCCGCUACACGCUUGUCUCCUACAUCACCAACGAAAGCUCGACUGGUGGAGCUGUAUUUAGCCCAAUCAGGAAGGUACUGCUGGCGAUGAUCGAGGCUGCAUUUUCAGCCAUAAACCUCGAAGUGCACUGUGGAACUCAUCCAAGGAUUGGUGUCGUCGAUGACAUUUCAUUCCACCCCUUGAAUCAAGCGGACACAAUAGAGGAUGCUGCUCAGCUGGCUAAGCUGGUAGCCUCUGACAUUGGCAAUGGCUUGCAAGUUCCAGUGUUCCUAUAUGCGGCAGCACACCCCACCAGCAAGAGCGUCAGUGCAGUCCGGCGUGAGCUCGGCUACUUCCGGCCAAACCACAAGGGCGUCCAAUGGGCAGGCCCGGUGCUCCCUGAUACUCUACCGAUGAAGCCAGAUGUGGGCCCAGUUCACGUUCCUCGUGAAAGAGGCGCCACCAUGGUCGGAGCUCAACCUUUGGUCGAGAGCUACAAUGUGCCGAUAUUCUGCAAGGAUGUCCCAACCGUGAGAAGAAUCACCCGGAGGGUGACUGGACGGAGCGGAGGGCUCCCGUCAGUACAGGCACUUGCACUUUUCCAUGGCGACAAUUGCACGGAGAUCGCAUGUUUUUUGCUGGAUCCAGACCACGUCGGCGCCGAUCGGGUUCAAUGGCUGGUGGAGCAGAUUGCAGAGGAGCAAGGGCUUGAAGUUGAAAAGGGCUAUUUCACUGACCUGUCAAAGCAUAUGAUGCUAGAAAGGUACUCCGAGAUGGUUUCUGCAGCUGACUGA